AUGUUGGCAGGUGCGUUGGUUCUGGGCACCAUCCUUACAGCUUUACCAGGUAUUCAGAGCAGGUGGAGCGUGUCAUUUUCUAGGAGGGAGAUCUGUGUGUGGGCUGGAACAACUGUCACUCUGCCCUGCCGUUAUGACUACCCAUCAGGUCACAAUGUGAAGCGGGUCAUGUGGUUCCGUGUGUCUGCAGAAGGUCGCAGGGAGUUUGCUCACCACAGUGACCCCAACGAGAUCAGCAUGUCUUACCGCGGACGCACCCGCUACAUCGGAGGCAGCUACUCCAGCUGUUCAGUCCAGAUUCGGGUUGUCAAGCUGAGUGAUGCGGGCCAGUACCACUUCAGGUUUGAGACGGACCAACCACUGGGGAGAUGGACCUCCCCGAACACCAUCACCCUCGAUGUAACAGACCUCCAGGUCCAGGUUCAUCCAGCAAGGCCCGCCAACAUGUUUGGCUUCGGAGAGACUGUGUUCGUAGGUUGCCAGGCCAGAGGAUGUGCUGCUCCAGGGAGGAGCCUUGCACUGUACAGGAACGGACUGAACCUGGGCUCCUAUGAAAAAUGGAUGAUCAUCAAUCGCUUUGACAAGCAGCAUGCUGGAGCGUACACCUGUCGACCAAUCCCACCACAGAAUGUACAGUCACCACCCGUCUCGCUGGCUCUGGGACGCGGUCCCAACUCCACGUCCAUAGCAGUCUUCCCCAUUGGGGAGGUUUCAGAGGGGGGGUCGGUCACUCUUACAUGCAGCAGUUAUGCAGCUCCGCCUGUGGAGAGCUUUGCAUGGUUCAAAGACAUGGAGAGUGGCAGCAUCCCAGACAGUUUUAGGCCUCAGCUCCGCCUGUCGCACCUCAAAUACACAGACAGAGGAGAAUACUUCUGUGUAGCUCGCAACUCACUGGGAACAGACCGCUCCAAACCACUUCUACUGAAUGUCACAUACUCUCCAAAGAACACUCGUGUGCUGCUGAGUCCUCCAGCUGACAUCAGAGAAGGCUCCUAUGUGAACAUGAGCUGUGUCAGCCACGCCCAGCCUCAUGCCAGCAGGUAUGCUUGGUAUCGUAUCCUAGGUGACCAGGUGUUGUCUAAAGGAACCUUCCAGAACCUGACAUUCCCCUCAGUGCGUGCUCAUCAUGCUGGUCAGUAUUACUGCUCAGCGUGGAACCGGUUGGGACACCAAACCUCUCCUGUUGUUACACUCACCAUACUUUACCCUCCUAAGAACACCUCAGUUCUAGCUCGUCCCUCCAGUGUGGUGGAUGCUGGCCGACCUUUGACCUUGACCUGCAGCAGUCAGGCCAACCCUGCAGUGGACAACUUCACAUGGCAUCGCUUAGCUCUGGACGGGGGCUCUGUACAAUCGUGGGGCAGCAAGUUCGGUCCUGUCUUCACCUUCUCUGAGGUCGGCCCUAGAGAGAGCGGACAGUACUACUGCGAGGCCAGGAAUCGAAUCGGAGCCCACAGCUCUCCUGUCCUCACUGUACGAGUCAGAGGUCGACUUAAGGUCAUUGCCUUGGCGUCAGCAGUAGGGGUGUCUGCUGGACUCAUCACUCUCACAGUGGCCAUUAUGAUCAGUAAGAACAUGCACAGAGUAGACACGGAGUCAGGAGAAGUAGCAAACAAGCGUCCGUCAGUGACAGCUGACACCAUGUUCUACGAGUCGACCCAACAGACCUUUCCAGUGAAAAACGCCAAGAUGUCCGACAUACCGGAGGAGCCAGAGGACUUGAGUGACAGCGCCCACCCUGCCAUUGUUCCUCUGAAGGAUGCUCCACCAAUCACAGAAGUUGAAACUCACAGCCCCGCCCCCAACUACAUCACUGUCCACUACUCCAAGUUGUCCAGUGUUGACCAGGUACAGGUCCACAACCUGCCACUGGGUGGUGAUAAAAAGCCGAAGGAUUCCUCCAAAGUUGUUUACACUUUACUGCAUCAGCCGCGCCACUGACUGGGAGACAAGGCAAAUCAGCUGAACAACAAAUCAGUCCUCCUCAUGUGAACCAAUCGCUUUACUUCCAUUCACAUUGUAGGUCAGGAAACGACUCUUCGUGAACUCUGACGAUGUCUUAUGCUGUCCUGAUUCAGACAUGUCGUUAUGGAUCCUCCACCAGACCACGAGGACAACAUGUGGUGCUGACUGGAAGUCCAGCGCCUAAACUGUGUUGCAUGUCUUCCCCUUUUUUUAUUCUAUGCAUCUUACAACUGCCUGAAGUAACACCCUGUUGACCAUUUUGCUUGCAUCUACAGUACAGACUAAAUCUACUGCUGCUCUGUAGUUGGUAGCUAACACUAAAAUACAAGUAAAUGUAGAUUACACAGUGUGAGUGGUUGCAACAGCGUCAUUUGCAUCCUCUCAUCUUGAAAUGUGAUAACCAUUUGAAUGAGAACCUGGUUGUCUCCAAUACAUUUAUGCUAUCUAUAAAGAACAUGCAAUAUUUGACACACAACAAUGUGCUGAAUUGUUAAAAAGUUUAUUUUUUUUGAUUGCUGACGCUGCAACAUAUAUUCAGUUGAUAUAGCUUGCUUCCAUUAAAUCAGUCUCUCUAUUCUUAUGUAGAGUAAGCAGAGCCAGCAAUAAUGCAAAAGUACAUGUUGUGGUUUGUUACACUGAAUAAAAAUAUAACUAACAAAUCUUGUAGCGUGAAUGUAUGUUACAAUCUUUGCAGCCUACAACAAAUGAACAGCAGGAUAAGGAUAGUGUAGUCAGCAGUAAGAUUACAUUUCAUCAAUUUCAAAACUAUUCUGUUUUUUCUCUCACAGUUGUAAUGAAUGUUUCAGUCCAGACAUUCAAAUCCACCAAACCUUUGCUAACUCAUUAGCUUCUUUAAUUUCAAGUGAAUUCAGUAAUGAGACACAGGUGAGCGGUGAAAGCCAGUCAGAGCUGAUUAGGGAAGUGGGAACAGGUGUGUUGAUGGGUGUGGCAGCCAGGUGAUGGGGAAAAGUUGGGAAAGUACGAGGACAUCUGGUGGACGGAUGGAAAAUGGCAAUGGUUUGAUUUGUGGAACAAGAAGAGUGUGGCGAUGAGGGACAGACAGACAAAGUGUUAACCUUUGGAGGAAAUUCAGUCAAUAAGAUUCAGUCUAC